AAAUGGCCAGCCACAUGUGGAACGUUUUCUUGGGAGUGCUGGUGCUGGAGCAGCUACUCGCCGGAACUCUGGCGGCGAAUCUAUCUCAACUAGUGAAGAAACAAGGCCAGCAGAAGCCAACGGUGGUCCAGUCCCCCCAGCCAAGUCAGCAGUCAAGGAUUCAGCAGCAGGAACAGCAGCAGUAUGUCCAUGAGGCCCAGGAACAGCAGGAGCUAAAGGUGGAGGAAGAAGACGAGCAUGAUUCCUACCAGAUGCUGCAGGAAGCGAAGCAGGAGUCCCGACUCCCCGCGUCAGCAAAUUAUCCGUGGAGUCCGUAUGCCGCAGCUCCAGGAAUUUCAGCCAAUCCCUACGAGCCCAUGCCCAAGAUGCUGCCCUUCAUUGGAUACGCCCAGCCAGUGCUGAUACCUUUCCCCCUCUACCUGGCGCCUGACAUGUUCUACCCCGCUUUCCCGGGGGCCAGCAACGAUCUUGAAGACGUAGUCAUGUCGAGAGCGGCAGGUGGACGUCGUCCCCCACCCAGCCAUCCUUCACCUGCCCGCAAUUCGCCGAUCUACUACGUCCGGCUGCCACCCACGCCGUACAUGUUCCUGCCCAACAUGCCGACGUCUCCGUUCGGUGGAGGAUUCUCCCCGCUUCUCACCUACCAGCCGAUGCCCUCAUUCUCCGCCUUCGGGUCCGUCUUUAAUCUUCCCGUCAACUUCCUGGCCAAUGGAAAGCCCUCUGGCAUCUACCAGGUCAAUGGUUCUCCCUCUGAGGGCUUGGGGCCUCUUUCGCCCAGCUUGGGAAGCGGCGGGGGAUACGGCAUGAGACCACCAACACCAAGUAACCCGUACAGGCCUAUGUCUGGGUCCUCUUCCAUGGGAGGCUAUGGAGGAUCCACUCAGGGCUUUGGUCUGGCUUCGAUGCCAGCUCCCCAGCAGGAUUCCAAGCUGACGUCCCUGAAACGUCCCUUCGUCUUCAACGGACGUCCCGAGGACAUCUAUAUCCUUCCGAACAACCUAAGUCCGAUCUACAACGAGCCGAGCUACUACUGA